AAGUGAAGUCCCCGGAGCAGGGCCACGUUAGAAAGCUGGGCCAUGGCCUGAGCCAGGACGGCUCAGCUCCAAGCAGGGCAUAACUGGGGACACUCUGCGGCCAGGCUGCUUGCCUGCAUGGACGCGCCGAAGCUGCCCUGCCCCAAGGCUGAGAAGAGAGGGACAAGGGCUCCUGUACCAGGAAGAACUCAGAGCCAGGAAGCCCCAUUCGCUGGAAGCCUAGGGCGCUCGGGCCCCUCACCAGGCAGGGUCUACGUUUCCUGCUGCUGGUCACAAGGAUGCUUUUUAUUUUUAACUUCUUGUUCUCCCCACUUCCCACCCCGGCACUGAUUUGCCUCCUGACUUUUGGAACGGCCAUCUUCCUAUGGUUGAUCAACAGACCUCAGCCAUUCUUAUCCCCCAUUGACCUGGAUAAUCAGUCUGUGGGAAUUGAGGGAGGAGCGCGGAAGGGUGCUUACCAGAAGAACAACGACCUUAUGCGUUAUUACUUCUCAGAUGCCAAGACAGUGUAUGAAAUUUUCCAGAGAGGACUUGCUGUGUCUGACAAUGGGCCCUGCUUGGGAUACAGAAAACCAAACCAGCCAUAUAGAUGGUUGUCCUACAAACAGGUAUCUGAUCGAGCAGAGUAUCUGGGCUCCUGUCUCUUAUAUAAAGGAUAUAAACCAUCACCGGACCAGUUUGUUGGCAUCUUUGCUCAGAACAGACCAGAGUGGGUCAUCUCUGAGUUGGCUUGUUACACAUACUCCAUGGUAGCUGUCCCCCUGUAUGACACCUUGGGAGCAGAAGCUAUCAUAUACAUUGUCAACAAGGAAUAUUUGAAAAAAUUUGCAGCUGUCGUGUAUUCCUGUGGAGCCAGAGUUGGGUUCUUUCAAGGAGAUAUCCGGUUGCUACCUGAUGAUAUGAAAGCCCUCAAACCCACAGUGUUUCCCACAGUGCCUCGACUCCUUAACAGGGUCUAUGAUAAGGUACAAAAUGAAGCCAAAACACCCUUGAGUAAGUUCAUGUUGAACCUGGCAAUUACUAGUAAAUACAGUGAUGUCAAAAACGGUAUCAUCAGACGUGACAGUUUGUGGGACAAGUUUAUUUUUUCAAAGAUCCAGGACAGCUUGGGUGGGAAUGUUCGCAUCAUGAUCACUGGAGCCGCCCCCAUCUCCACUCAGGUCCUCACAUUCCUCCGGGCAGCCUUAGGAUGCUGGGUAUUUGAAGCUUAUGGACAAACAGAAUGUACUGCUGGCUGUACAAUUACAUCACCUGGGGACUGGACAACAGGUCAUGUUGGAGUCCCUGUGUCUUGUAACUAUGUGAAGCUGGAAGAUGUGGCUGACAUGAAUUACUUUUCAGUAAACAACGAAGGAGAGGUCUGCAUCAAGGGCACCAAUGUCUUCCAAGGAUACCUAAAAGACCCUGAGAAAACACAGGAAGCUCUGGACAAGGAUGGCUGGCUUCACACUGGAGACAUUGGUCGCUGGCUUCCAAAUGGAACUCUGAAGAUCAUUGACCGAAAAAAGAACAUUUUCAAGUUGGCACAAGGAGAAUACAUUGCUCCCGAGAAGAUAGAAAAUAUCUACAUCAGGAGUAGACUGGUGCUACAAGUUUUUGUACAUGGGGACAGCUUACGGUCAUCCUUGGUAGGAGUGGUAGUUCCUGACUCCGAAGUACUCCCCUCAUUUGCUGCCAAACUCGGGAUUAAGGGAUCAUUUGAAGUCUUGUGUGAAAAUGAAACUAUCCAGGGAGCCAUUUUACAAGACUUGCAGAAAGUUGGGAAAGAAGGUGGUCUAAAGUCCUUCGAACAGGUCAAGAGCAUCUUUAUUCAUCCAGAGCCAUUUUCCAUUGAAAAUGGGCUCUUGACACCAACACUAAAAGCAAAACGAGUAGAGCUCUGCAAAUUCUUCCGGACCCAAAUCAACAGCCUGUAUGAGAGUAUCCAGGAGUAGGUUAAGUUUGCUGCUGAACUGGAACCGUGAAAGGAGGAGUUGAGACUUAUGUCCAGUGAAAAUUUCCAGUAAAUGAAGCAAGCACUGAAUAAAACUCUCCUGCACUGGGUGCAUAACAGGCUUAUCUUCUGUGAAGGAACCUACUGAUGAUAUUUCCCCCUGAACUACCAUACCCCUUAUACCUGGUGCCUCUACUUGUAAAUGUAAAGUUUUAAAAUAAACUAUUGCAGAUAUA